CUGGGAGUUGUUUUCUCUGCGGGUUACCCGCAAGUGUUUGCUUGGUGGCGCUUUUUUCACUCUCUCUCCCUCUGUGGGAAACUGAGGCUUUUUGCGAGGUUUUAGCCCGAGAUCGUAAGGGGUUGUUGACUUUGAAGACUAGGUUGACUAGCAGUUAAAGCGGGGAAACUAAGAAUUUCAUCACUUCGCUGGAUCCCGCGAGGGGAUCACAGGAAUAGCAGGAUAAAGCAUUACCCUUUUUGCAGUAUUACUUUCCUCAGGACCUCGCCUAUAUAUUUGUCUUCAAGGCGCUUCCUCAAACAAAAAGAUUUUAACACCACAAAAAUAAGUUGCGUAGCUGUUGAUUUAGCAGUUGGAGUGGAAAUUAAGUAAGGAGUGAGGAGAAAAUAUCGCAGUUACAGAAAAUAUCUCUUUAAAUUUAAAGCUCAUCAUUUUUAAAGUCCUGGAGGGGGCGGAGCUGGGCCUCAGUUUUUUAAAACAAAAUGCUGAGAUGCCUGAAAGUGGAUGGCUGUAAAUGAAUUUGUUCAAAUAACUUUCAUUUACAGUUGGUAAGGAAAUAACCUGCCUUCAGUGAACUCAACGACUAGUACUUGUAGACUUUUUUUUUAAUCCUUUCACAGAGCCCAUCAGUUUAAAAAAUUGACGUGUUUUAUUAGCUAUAAUGUACACAUUUGAAUAACGUUUUAUGUUUAAGCUUUCAUCACAAUAAGUUUAACAAAAUUAAGCAGAGCGUUCCAGUCAGAGGUAAAACGAUACUGGGAUGUUACAAGAGUUUUAAUAUCUGCUCCCCCUCCCCCAUUUCUAGGCUGGUAAAGGGACCUGCGCAACUCACCACUAGAGCCCUGGCUCCUUCUUCUUGAGCCAUGCAUCUGAAUUACUGUGUGGCCUGUGCUGAGGUGGAGGGCUUUUCUUACAUGCCUUUUCCUCAAAAUGAGUGUCAGUAUCACCUUCUUAAGACCUUUUACAAGAGUUUUGGUGCCAUUCACCCUUCCUAGGAAGAGAAGGGUUUUAUAUACAACAAUUCUGCAGAGAUACAUGUCUUCCAAAAUUCCAGCUGUGUCUAAUCCUAGUAAGGAGAGUACAUCAUCUUCUGAACAGCUGGAGUUGGAUGGGUGGAAAAUCACAAUGAAAUCUAGUGUACAAGAAGAGGGUGUUUCAACAUUCUCAAGUAACAAGGAUGAAGAUCCUCUAGCUGCCACCAGGGAGUUAAUUGAGAUGUGGAGAUUGCUUGGCAAAGAGGUACCAGAACACAUCAGUGAAGAAGAGCUCAAAACCAUUAUGGAAUGUGUUUCUAAAUCAUCCAAAAAAAAAUAUUUAAAAUAUUUAUAUAUUAGGGAAAAAAUGAAAAAAGCCAAGCAAAUAAAAAAGGAAAUGAAAGUAGCAGCAAAAGAACAAGUAAACAAAGAUCAGCUACCAGAAACUACUAAGGAAAAUAAACAGCAAAACUUUCUAUUUCUACGACUCUGGGAUAGGAAUAUGGACAUUGCAAUGGGCUGGAAAGGUGCCCAGGCCAUGCAGUUUGGACAGCCUUUGGUUUUUGACAUGGCUUAUGAUGACUGUAUGAAACCAAAAGAACUACAAAAUGCUGUUUCCCAACUUUUAGAAAGUGAAGGAUGGAACAGAAGAGAUGUUGAUCCUUUCCAUAUUUAUUUCUGCAAUCUUAAAACUGAUGGUGCUUACUAUAGAGAGUUAGUUAAACGUUAUGGAGAAAAGUGGAACAAAUUGCUUUUAACAGCAACAGAAAAGUCUCAUGUUGAUUUAUUUCCAAAGGACAGUAUCAUAUACUUAACUGCAGAUUCUCCCAAUGUUAUGACUACUUUUAAGCAUGACAAAAUUUAUAUAGUGGGAUCUUUUGUUGAUAAGAAUAUGCAGCCAGGUGCAUCCCUAGCCAAAGCAAAACGGCUGAAGCUGGCAACAGAAUGCCUUCCAUUAGAUAAAUAUUUACAAUGGGACACUGGUACCAAAAAUCUCACCUUAGAUCAAAUGAUACGUAUUUUGUUAUGUCUAAAAAACACUGGUAGUUGGGAAGAGGCUCUGAAGUUUGUUCCUAGGAGAAAACAUACUGGUUAUCUGGAGAUUUCUCAGCAUUCUCAAGAGUUUGUCAACAGAUUGAAGAAGUCAAAGACUUUCAGUUCAUUUCCACGAGGCUCUGUAAAUAGACGCUCACAGAAAAGUUAGCUUGAAUGAGAAUAUUUGAUAGCUUAAAAAGUAAUUGGGUUAGGAAUACAGUUCUAUUGGUAUAUUUCAUCCUGAAUGAAAUUUACUUGCUCUUUCUUUUAAAGCUUGUCUUUCCAAACUCACUGAAAUAUUGUGUUUUUUUUUCCGAUUAAUUGAAUAUCUGCAAAACAAAUAUAUUUUAUUUACUAUAAAAAGAAGCAAUAAUCUUAGAGAGUAAAGAGUUGUCCAUGUUUUUGAGCCUGGUAAACAAUUGUAAUGUUGGUGUGGCUUAUGACUACUUUGAAUCUCAGACUCUAUUUUCCUUCUUAAAUGUUCUUUUAGCCUUGUCAAAAACUCCCCUUUCAUCAAAAAUUGAUGCAACUUCAGCUGGUAGUUUAAAGAAAGAUUUGGUACAGUGCUGGGCAUGUCAUAGGCAUUAAGAUACAUAGUUUCAGUGAAUCUUUGUUAAAAAGAUGUCCCUCGGCAUGUCAUGAGAUUAGGGUGUAUAAUGACAAAUUAGUUAGUGGGAAUAACUCGUUUCUUUUCCUCUUAGGGAAAAAUACUUUAUUUGGCUAGUGUUACUACGGCACUUCUCAGCCAUAGUGUGGGUAACUUUUAUUUUCAAGGAAAUACUUUUCUCCAGCCAUGUUAUUUGAAUGGAAGCUGCCAUAUUUUUACAGAUCUUGUUCCUUGGCCACAACUUAUUAUCCCAGAGAAGGUACCUCAUCAAACUUUGAGAUGGGCAUCCGACUUUAAGGUAGGCCCGUCAGAAUCCUUUUCCAGGAGUUUUAGGCUUCUCAAGAUAGCCUGUGUUAAUUCCUUUCUAGUGACGAACUUUGAGAAAUAGGAAGCUCUGGAAUUGAUGGUGGCCAUGCUCUUUUCUGUGAAGGAAGCCAAACAUACAGAAAUGAACUUUAGGAACCGUAUUCAUUGUAGACUUCUUGAACCAUUAAAAGUUUUAAAAACUUAAGAUAUAGGAGUUCCCUUGAGGUAUAGCAGGUUAAGGAUCCAGCAUUAUCACUGCAGCAGCUCAGGUGCUGCUGUAUUGCAGGUUCAGUCCCUGGCCUGAGAACUUCCACAUGCCCCGUGCACAGCAAAAAAAAGAGGGGAGGAAAAAGGACAUAGAAAUGAGAUAUACAGCCAACCAUUUCUACCAAGUUUCUGAAUGAGGAAUUAGCAUGAGGUAUAUUAUCCAAUACAUUUCUUAAAGCAAGACUCAGUCUUUUACCAAAUAAUAAUUACCUACUCUGUGCCAAAUAGUUACCAUGCAAUUUACAUGAAUUAACUUAGGUACUAUCAUUAAUACCUUUUUAACAGAUAAGGAAAAUUUACUCAAAAUAAUUCAGCCUUUAAGUAUCAGCUCAGAAUUCAAAAGGUCUAUCUGACUUUAAAGUUCCAGCUUUUUUUUUUUUUUGUCUUUUUGCCUUUUCUAGGGCCGCUCCCACAGCACAUGGAGGUUCCCAGGCUAGGAGUCUAACGGGAGCUGUAGCCACCAGCCUAAACCACAGCCACAGCAACACCAGAUCAGAGCUGUAUCUGCAGCCUACUUCACAACACAUGGCAACACCGAGUCCUUAACCCACUGAGCAAGGCCAGGGAUCGAACCCACAACCUCAUGGUUCCUAGUCAGAUUUGCUAACCACUGAGCCAUGACGGAACUCCUAAAGUCCCAGCUUUUAUGUAAGUUAUGCCUUCUCUGAUAAGGCAAGUAUGAAAUGCAAUGGAAAAAUAUGGGAUGCCUAAUCUAAACUCAUGGGAUCAGGAAAGGCUUUGAGAAAGUGAUGUGUAAACUUUGAAUUGAUAAGAAGUGCAUUAUAAAUGAAUUUCAACUCUUAGACCCUACUAAGUAGCAAGGUGCUAAUACCUGAACUGCUUGAGAAACACUCAAAGUAAAAUAGCAUAGCAAGUGAGAAGAGGGGUUAAGAUUGCCUGACAGGAUUGGCACUAGAACAAGGCUCUAGAGAAAAUCACUAGUCUCUUGUACCCAACCCUGCUCCCUGGGUUCCAGCUCUACCCUUACAGGUUCUGACAUUGCCUAGUUUUCCUCAUUUAUAAAAAGAAGAUUAGAAACGGUCCUUGACUCAUAUAAAACAUUUCAUAUGGUAUCUGACAUGUAAGUGCUAAGUAAAUAUAAACUAUCUAAUUCAGACUAUACAUUGAAAAAUGUAUAGAAUUUCUAAGAGUUCCUGUUGAGGCACAGUGGAAAAGAAUCCGACUAGUUACCACGAGGUUGUUGGUUUGAUCCCUGGCCUCACUCAGUGGGUUAAGGAUCCAGUGUUGCCCUGAGCUGUGGUGUAGGUUGCAGACAUGGCUCGGAUCCUAUUGCUGCUGCCAUGGCUGUGCCGAAGGCCAGUGGCAGCUACAGCUCCAAUUCGACCUCUAGCCUGGGAGGCUCCAUAAGCCGAGGGUGUGGCCCUAAAAAUACAAAAGAACAAAAAAAAGGAAUUUCUAUUACAUUAUAUGCAACUGAAAGUAAAAUAGCAUAGGUCUAUCCCUUUGAGGAGUAUAUCCAUACUCCUCUGUAGAGAAUAUUUGGCCAAGCAGUAACUAAUUUCUAGGACUGCUUCCCUCUUAAUGUAGAUAAAUCACAGUGGCAAGUUCGUCCAGUUUGAGUUCAAACUGAUUUUAAUUUUCCAAGUUUUUUAGAAUUUGUAAUUUAGUAGAACUUCAGAUAUUGCUUAGAUUUCUCCAAAUAGAUGGUUUGAUUUCCCAGGCACUAAGUAGAAGUAACAGCUUUUCUGUCUCAAAUAACCAAUAAUUUAUUCUGUGAUAUUUUUCUUCUUUGAAAGAAACUUGUUGCCUGUGUUCUAAUUGUCUUCCCCUUUAUACCUGUUAGAAACAUGUUUUCAUGUAAUACUUCUAGUUCUCUUCUAUUGCUCUUUUCAAACAUGCUAUCAAAUUCCCAGUUUUUAAUAAUUAAAAUGAUUUUAAAAAGAAGCCUUUAUUGGAGUUCCUGUCGUGGCACAGCAGAAACAAAUCCAACUAGGAACCAUGAGGUUUCAGGUUUGAUCCCUGACCUCACUCAGUGGGUUAAGGAUCUGGUGUUGCUCUGAGCUGUGGUGUAGGUGGCAGAUGCAGCUGGGAUCUGAUGUGGCUGUGGCUGUGGCUUAGGCCAGCUGCUGUAUCUCCAAUUGGAUCCCUAGCCUGGAAAUCUCCAUAUGCCUCAGGUAAGGCCCUAAAAAGGAAAAAAAAUAGGAAGUCUUUAUUUGCUACUAGUACCCCUACUGUAUUAUGCAGUUUAACUUCUAAGCCAGAUCUUUCAAGUAAGUAUUCAGAACACAAUGUUUCCAUUUUCUUAUAUACCACUGAUGUUCAAUAGAAAUGCAAUGCAACCUACACAUGUACUUUAAAAUUCCCAGUAGCCAUGUUAAGAGGUGAAAGUAAUUUUAAAAUAUUUAACCCAUAUGUCCACAGUAUUAAUUUGUAUUCAUUACUAAAAACCAAUGAGAUUUUACUUCAUAUUUUUUUCAAACUAAGGAUUCAAAAUCUGCCAUAUGCUCUAAUGAUGAAAGCCCAACUUAAUAUGAAUACUAAAUUUUCAGUGGCUAAAGUAAAAUGCAGUCUUUCCAAAAUAGUGUGUUUAAGAAAAGUAACUGCUUCAAUUUGGUUGUUUGCUUGUUUUCAAACUUAAAUAAGUAUUGAGUUCAGUUCUUCACUAACCACAGUUGCACUAACCACAUUUCAGGUGCUUAAUAGUCACAUGUAGCUAGUAGCUGCCACAUUAAACAGUAAAGCUCAAGUAAUGUUUGAGAACCCUGUGAUCUUUUCUGUGCUUACAUCAGUUCUUUUGUUUCCAAGCAGAUUCAGUGGCCCCUUCUAAUUAAUGGACUGUGGAUAUCUCACUAAACUCGUCCUUGAAAUAAUUCUUCCUUCAUACCCAUAUCACAGCAAUUGUCUUAAGUCUUCCAGUCUAGCAGCUUAUCUUCCUAACUGGCUCAUUCAUUCAUUCAGCAAAUAUUUAUUGAAUACUUUAUACCCAGAAGUGUUUUAGGUGUUAGUGAUAAACAGCCCUGAACAAAAUAUUUCCAGCCUUCAUGGAUAUUAAGUUCUGCUGUACAGGAAGGUGACAGACAUAAAAAUUCUAAAAUGUGAGAGGGUCGGGAGUUCCCAUUGUGACUCAGCGGAAACAAAUCUGACUAGGAACCAUGAGGUUGAGGGUUCGAUCUCUGGCCUUGUACAGUGGGUUAAGGAUCCAGUGUUGCUGUGAGGUGUGGUGUAGGUUGCAGACGCAGCUCAGAUACGGCAUUGCUGUGGCUCUGGCCCAAGCCAGUGGCUUCAGCUCAGGUUAAACCCCUAGCCUGGGAACCUCCAUAUGCCGCACAUGAGGCCCUAAAAGGACAAAAGACAAAAAAUAAAUAAAAAAUAAAAUCAGAUGGUAACAAGUGAUAUGAAGGUUAAGGGAGAAAGGGGCACACGAGUGGGGAGGCAUUAUCUUUUUUUUUUUUUUUUUUUUUGGUCUUUUUGUUGAGGGCCGCACCCGAGGCAUAUGGAGGUUCCCAGCCUAGUGGUCUAAUUGGAGCUGUUGCUUCAGGCCUACACCAGAGCCACAGCAACACCAGAUCCAGGCCUCAUCAUUGAGCAAGGCCAGGGAUCGAAAACAAAAACUCAUGGUUCACAGUCAGAUUCGUCUCUGCUGCGCCACAACAGGAAUUGCCAGCAUUAUUUUACUAAAGGUGGUUGGGGACUGUCUUCAAAGUAGGUUGUUCACUGCAUACUACCCUCUCCAAGCCAUGUUCUCUGGUGUAGGGCCUCGUUUGCUAGAAUAAAGCAGCAGUUUUCUUCAUACACAGGCACUGCCUUUAAGCCAUGUGCUUAAAUGACUGCCUCCCAUAACAGGGUAUCCCUUUUCUAAUCUGCACGAAGACUGGUAAAGUGGCAUUUGAGCAAAGACCUGAAGGAAGUGAGAGUGAGCUAUGGAGAUAUGAGUGAAGGCAAUUCCUAGUAAAGGCAACAAUGGGUGCAAAGGCCCAGAGAGGGUUCAAGACACAAGGACGCUAGUGUAGCUGAAGAGAGUAGGUAGAAAGUGGAAAAUGAGAUCAGAGGAGUAGCUAGGGAUCUGUCAUAUAAGCCUCUUAAGCCAUUGUAAGAACUUUGGUUUUUAUUCUGAAUAAAAUAGGAAGAUCAAUGGUCUUAGGCAAAAAAAAAAAAUGUGACGUGUUGGAGUACUCUGGUGGCACAGAAGAUUAAGGAUCUGGUGUUGUCACUGCUAUGGUGCAAGUUUGAUCUCUGCCCCAGGGAACUUCCACCUGCUAUGGGUGUAGCCAAAAAAAGUGACAAGUUCCUGCUGCUUUAAUAGGAUGACUAGAAUAUAAGCUCCAUAAUGGCUAAUAAUCCUUUUAUUUACUACUGUAUCUCCAGAACCUGGUACAGUGCCUGGCACAUAACAAGCACUUUAAAAUUUGCUGAGUGAAUCAG